GUUUUCAUGAUUGUAGCCUACUAUUUGUUUUGUAUUUAAAGUAACGAGGAAAAAAAGAUCUUCCGAUCCCUGCUUGGUUUCGUUUGUGAUAACGAGUUACAUUAUAAAAUGUUGAUAAUCAUAGUUAUUCUUUUCUGAAAUAUGCUUUUAGCUGUCUAACGUUCUAUAUUGCGAGCUUGUCUGGGGUAGGCUAUUAUAACUGGUUUAUUAUCCGGUAUUCUUUAUAAAGUCAUGAUGUUACACAUACUUGUUGUUGUGAGCAACUCAGCUUUAAAUAUCCUAUUCGUCAGCAAAAAUCAAAGGAGAAGUAGGCUAGUUAGUGAAAUUCAUGGCGCAGAUUAAAAAUAAAAUGUUGAAGUUUCACCGAGAACUGUGGGUUGUCCCCCGCGGUGGUGCGCACCUUGGCCAACCAGUGGGCGCGUCCUCGGGGCGCGUGCCUUCACUUGCACCGUGGUACGGCCACACCAACCGCGUUGCUCGCGUUAGGGGCGUUGAAAAUCGGCAUUUUUGCAUAGGGAACCAUUGGUCUAGGCGCGGUACACGCGUUGAAGCGUUGAAGCGUUGCGUUGGGGGCGUUGGGCGCGGCAGUUGCACGUAAUUACGCACGUAAACGCAGUAACGCGCCCAACGCACCAACGCCCGGAGUUCAGAAAAUUGAACUUUCAACGCUCCAACGCGUGACGCUUAGCCGCGGUAGCCAAUCAGCGUGGAGCUUGACCCGACGUCACUGGCAGAGAGUAGUGAGCUUGCACAGAAGCAUACGGCCGACAUCUUUCUUUUUUCUUCUGGGUGGAAAUAGUAACAUAGUUACGCCAUUAAAUGCGUUUAUGGAAACAUUUCUAGCGAGAAAUGUGCAUUUUACUUUCAUAAUGUUCGCUCAGUGAAUGUGAAGGAUGUUUGGUUUGAUAGUUAUGACGAAGAGGGAACGCUCCGUUCACUUGCAUGGACAAUGGACUCAUCUAGCUGCGUUGGCGCGUUGACGCGUUGGAGCGUUGAACCACCACACACUGGUCAAGCGUCAGGUUAGGCGCGGUACUCGCGUUGUCCAACGCGAGUAACGCGGUUGGUGUGGCCGCACCAUUAGGUUCUGUUUUCCCAAGUAAGACGUCACCAGACCAAUUAGGUUAGGAGUUCUAAACUAUAGGCAAGGCAAAAGGUCAAAGAUAUCGGAGUAGUCCAACCAUGUCGGACACUGAGAAACAUUUCAUGGAGACGUCAGAGAACGGUCACGAAGGGGAGCAGGAGGAGGACUAUAACGGCGGGGCCGCGCACACCGAGGAGGGGAACGGAGGCGAAGCGGUGGAAGAGUGCGAGGAGUGCGCCGGGCCCGAAGCCCGCGGCGCGGAGGAAGCGACGGACGGCGACUCUCAGAACGGAGCGUCGGAGGGCGGUACGAACAACGCCAGCGUAGAAGAGGAUCCAGGGAAAAUUUUUGUUGGACGUCUCGGAUGGGACACUCGUAAUAAGGAUCUCAAAGAUUACUUCUCUAAAUUUGGCGAGGUGACUGACUGCACCAUUAUGACUGACAAGAAGACAGGGCGAUCAAGAGGCUUUGGCUUCAUCCUCUUCAAAGAAGCAGCCAGUGUAGAAAAGGUCUUAGAUCAGAAGGACCACCUGCUACAUGGCCGACAAAUUUACCCCAAGAAGGCAAUCGCGAAGCCGAAGAGGAGGAUUGUCCUUCGUGUUGAGGAGAUUUUGCGCAUUUUGAACCUACCAUAAAUAAAGCCUUGACAUUAUUAACCAUCGAUAUCCAUUAGCUUGGUCUUGGUAUUUUAUUAGAAGGUUGCAUCAGCUAUCAACCUGGAUGAAGUAGGAGAAGACACACCGCUAUUGAGCACUUUAAAUUGAUAAAAGUAAUUUAUAGAUAUGUUUAUUCUUGGGGAUGGAACUAUCAAUAGCAAAUGCAUAAAAUAAUAUAAUUGCAAAGACACCUCAGAGAGGUUGUAUAGAAUUGGCUUCUAUACGAUCAAAACAGAACAUUUGGUCCAUUCCUAUAGGUCAAAAGUCUGUACCAUGAAGCUUGUACCAGGAGCACUGCUGGGAUUUCAUAUCCCCCAUGGCUUCUACACUGAAUAUUUAGACAUUUCCAUUUUGGCAGCAAAUAUUAUUGUGAAAUUCAUCAGUCGUGAAAUUAUUGUUGGGUUGGAAACGGCCUGCGAGACGUGGAAAAACAAAGUAUUAAUUAACCUAAUGUAUGGUAUAUUUAGGUAUAUUCAGGAGUUAGGCUACCACACUUUUGAGUCCUCUCAACAUGGGGUAGUGUCACCAUCAAAAAGUCCCAUGAUGCAUUCUGAUGUACAAGCCCUGCAGUAAUAUGGGUGACCAUCUUUGAAAAUUGCUUCCAUAUGAUUUCCAGAAGAUAAGGUUUUCUCCACAAAGAGUUACAGCCAACAGGCCGGAGGACUUGGAAAGCCCAGGCAAGAUGUUUCCCCAUCUCUAUUCUCAAACACAUAUUGACAUAUUCCCUUAAUAGACUUUUAUACUGAGAUCACUCAUCUUCACUCUCUUGAUUACAUCCUGAUCCUAAAGGUUCGAAAAUAAUUUCCUGUAGUUCAAUGUUGCAGUUCAACCACUAGAUGUCAUCAAGAACUAAAGUGAAAUAUAACAUAACAUAUCAACGGAAAACAAAGCAAUGAAUCCUGUUAGUUUAUAUUUUUUGCGUCAUUGAAUGUCUCCUCACAUCCUACAGCCUCAGAUAAACCCACGUCUGACCUGAGGAACGCCCUCCAUGGCAGUGGGUCAAUGACUGCCCUCACAGAGACAUGAAGUACAUGUUCCCAAACUAAUAAGUCAUUCACACAACAUGCCGCAUCUCUCAAGAUCGCCACUGACCCUUGAUUAACCAAUCGGAAUAACCACCGUGCUCCACGGACUGUUGUUGCAUCACGCUAGAAUGUAUAACAGUAUAUAUCAGUUAGGAAGAGCCACACAACACAACUGACUUGAAAUUAUUCAAAUGGCCGAGGAACAUCUUGCAUAAUGUCAGGGAAGAUAAUAUUAAUUCAUUGCAAAUCAGGCAAUUUAGGUGGAACGAAUUAUUCUUAUUCCACUUCCUUCCAUUACAUAAUCUACUCUGACUGUGGUAUAAUGGUAAAUGCUUUUCUUUUAUUGAGACGUUGUCCUCAAAAGAUGCAGCUCUCGGUCACAGAGGGAAAACACAUUUAAAUUAAAUUACAUCUUGAUAAUGCCAUCUAUUUCCAGCCUUGUUGCCCAACCAGCCAUAUGCAAUGCAAUCACUGAAAGACCUCAAGUAUGAAUAGUGGUAUGUCAUGACCCCUGAUCUAGAAAAUCAACGGUUAUCAACGUUUCAGACUCAAUAUUGAUACAUCCUCAUAUUAUAGGUUAUUAUAUCAUGCUUCUAUUGGUAUACUAACAAACCAACUAUUUUGCCAACUAUUGGGUCACA